AUGGGUUAUCCGAUCGGGAUCGGGUACAGGUUUCAUCCCACAGAUGAAGAACUUGUGGGUUACUUUCUCCAGCAAAGGGCCAAGAUGGGCAAUCAGUUCCACUCGAAUGAGAUCUCCGAGUAUUCGGAGUUUUACGGCCAAGAAGAACCCUGGGUUGUUUGGGACAAGAACGGUGGUUCCAGCGUGGAUGAUGGAGAGCCUCUCUUUUUCUUCACCAAACGCAAGAAGUUGAACCCCAAUGGCAAGCGGUUUGAUAGCAAAGUAGGCUCGGGAACGUGGAGCGGGCAGUUUUCCAGAGAGGUUGUGGCCGAGGAUAGAGACACCGGAUGUCGUAUUACUGGGAUGAGGAGGGAAUUUAGGUACGAGGGUGGGUGUGAUCCUGAACAAAACAACUCUUGGUUGAUGCAAGAGUACGAGUUGUGUGCCACUGAUGUCUUGGUGUUGUGCACCUUGAAGAAGAACCCAAGAAAAGCUAGUAGUGCGAAGAGGAAGAGGAUGGCCUGUCCGGCAGUGAGAUCGGAAAAGGCUGAGACUUGUGAGGAACAACAAUCCACCAUCUGUGUCGAUCUGGAAGAGACCAAUUCCGAGAGUCGAGAUCAUCAGUUGUUGCAAGUUGUUGAUGAAGAUUAUCUUCCUGAGCUCUUUCCUUAG